CCAGCAAUCUAGCCCUUUUUGGAGAGCGGCUGGGCCUCCUUGGCCACAGCCCAAGUCCUGCCAGCCUGAACUUUCUCCGGGCUUUGAAGGUCAUGUUAAAGUCUACCGCACAGCUCAUGUUCAUGCCCAGGGUCCUAUCACGCUGGACAAGCACCCAGCUGUGGAAGGAGCACUUUGAGUCCUGGGACUACAUCUUCCAGUAUGCCAACAAUGCCAUCCAGAAAAUCUACCAGGAGCUGGCCCUCAGCCGCCCGGAGCACUACAGCGGCAUCGUGGGGGAGCUGCUGACGCACGCGGACCUGAGCCUCGAGGCCAUCUGGGCCAACUCCAUCGAGCUCACCACCGGGAGCGUGGACACGACGGUCUACCCCGUGUUGAUGACUCUCUUUGAGCUGGCUCGAAACCCUGAAGUGCAGCAGGCCCUACGCCAGGAGAGCCUGGGGGCCGAGGCCAGGAUCUCGCAGGAUCCCCAGAGCGCAACCUCGGAGCUGCCCCUGCUGCGGGCGGCCCUCAAGGAGACCUUGAGGCUGUACCCCGUGGGGAUGUCUGUGGACCGAAAGGUGGCCUCGGACGUGGUGCUGCAGAACUACCACAUCCCGGCAGGGACAUUGGUCAAGGUGCAACUCUACUCCCUGGGUCGAAACCCCUCUGUGUUUGAGAGGCCCGAGUGCUACCAUCCCCAGCGCUGGCUGGACAACAGGGGCUCUGGCACCAGAUACCCCCACCUAGCCUUCGGCUUUGGUCUGCGCCAGUGCCUGGGGCGGCGCCUGGCAGAGACAGAGAUGCUGCUGUUGCUGCACCACGUGCUGAAGAGCUUCCUGGUGGAGACGCUCAGGCAGGAGGAUGUAAAGAUGACCUACCAGUUCGUGUUCGUGCCCUCCACCCACCCCCUCCUCACCUUCCGG